AGGGGGUGAGAGAGGAGGUGACUCUCCGGCAGCAUUUAGACACAACGAAAGGAUCAUGGCGGAUGGCCCCAGGUGUAAGCGCAGAAAGCAGGCGAACCCGAGGAGGAACAACGUGACGAACUACAAUAAUGUGGUGGAGGCCGGCUCAGACUCAGAUGACGAGGACAAGCUGCACAUUGUGGAGGAGGAAGGCAGCCUGGCAGACGGGGCUGACUGCGACAGCACCCUGCCAGACGACGAGCCCCCCAGGGAACACUGCUGGGACCCAGCGAAGGAGGAUGGUGUGUCAGAUGGUGAGGAUGAUGUGAGCACAGACGCCUUGGUGGAGGAGAUGCUCCAGCAAGGAGACACAGCGGUCAUCUACCCAGAAGCCCCCGAGGACGAGCCGCAGCGACAGGGCACCCCCGAUGCCAGUGUCCACGAUGAGAACGGAACUCCUGACUCGUUCUCUCAGCUGCUCACCUGCCCGUACUGCGCUCGUGGCUACAAGCGUUACAGCUCUCUGAAGGAACACAUCAAGUACCGGCACGAGAAGACCGAAGAGAGCUUCAGCUGCCCCGAGUGCAGCUACAGCUUCGCGUACCGUGCUCAACUGGAGAGGCACAUGACAGUCCACAAGGCCGGACGAGAUCAGAGACACAUCACACAGUCGGGCGGCAAUCGUAAAUUCAAGUGCACUGAAUGUGGCAAAGCAUUUAAAUACAAGCACCAUCUAAAGGAGCACCUACGCAUCCACAGCGGAGAGAAACCCUAUGAGUGCUCCAACUGCAAGAAGCGGUUCUCCCACUCAGGUUCAUACAGCUCCCACAUCAGCAGUAAGAAGUGCAUCAGCGUCAUCUCAGUUAACGGCAGACCGCGGCUGGGGAACACCAAAACCCAGACCCAGGGUCCAUCACCAGUGCUGCCCACACCGCCCUCAGUCCUCCGCACACAGAUUAGAGAGAAGCUGGAACACAGCAAGCCCCUGCAGGAGCAGCUGCCUCUGAACCAGAUCAAGACUGAGCCCAUGGACUACGAGUACAAGCCGACGGUGAUAACAUCCCCAGCUGUGACUGCCAUGAACGGUGGGGUUUUCAACGGCGGUGCAGCAGCUCCUCUGCAGGGCACAGUGCAGGCCGUGGUCCUGCCCACUGUGGGGCUGGUGUCGCCCAUCAGCAUCAACCUGGCGGACCUGCAGAACGCUCUCAAAGUGGCGGUGGACGGGAAUGUCAUCCGUCAGGUGCUGGAAAACAAUGCCAAAGGCCAGGGGCAGGUGAACUCGGGGUUAACCACUGGAAUGCUCCACCCCCCACAGCAGCAGCUCAUCUCAGCCAUCAGUCUGCCUAUUGUGGGUCAGGAUGGAAAUGCAAAAAUCAUUAUAAACUACAGUUUGGACCAGGGCCAGCUCACAGCCCAAAACCUGAAGAAAGAGCCUGAGCCAGUCUCACCAGCUCACACCACCACUGACAUCUUCAAGUCCCAGAAACUCCCAGAAGAUCUUACAAUCAAAGGCAGCAGGUCCAAUGAGACUAAACAGAAAGAGGAAAAGACCACUAAAACUUGUCUCCUGUGUGAUAACUGUCCCGGUGGGCUGGAAACACUCCACGCCCUCAAGCACUGCAAGAAGGAUGGUCUCAGGCUGAACGGAGCAGGCCUGGAUAAGUCUGAGUCUGCUGUCGCUGCGCUGCUGUCAGAGGGAGGACUCUGCAACCAGCCCAAGAACCUCUUGUCCCUGCUCAAGGCCUACUUUGCCUUAAAUGCAGAGCCCACCAAGGACGAGCUGGCAAAGAUCUCUGACUCAGUCAGCCUGCCUAUCCAUGUGGUUAAGAAGUGGUUUGACAAAAUGCAGGAGGGUCAGAUAUCACUGGGUGCUCCAACACCCCCCUCAGAAGAAGAGGACACCUGUGAAGCUAACAGUGUGGUGUCUCUGGUCCCAGGGAAGGACACAUCCACUAUGAGCCCCUCUGUGACCCAGGACAGCCCCACAGAGGCCACCCCAGCAGAGAUCAACGGUGCUCACAGCUCGCCGGCCUCCCCCUCGCCACUAAACCUGACAGCUGGAGGUCCGGUACCAGCCCAACCCCCCCAGAGCACCGAGGGACCCCUUGACCUGUCGCUGCCAAAGCCCCCCAGAGAGGAAGCGGAGAGAGUGGUGGGCAAAGCCAGCGUUUACCCCUCCCCUUCCUCUCGCUCUACCAAUCAGGAUCAACCCCUAAACUUAACUUGCACAAAGAAAGAGGCAUCGCCACUCUCAGCCAUGGGCGCAGGCCCGGUCGCACUGUACGCCAGCCAGCCAAGUGCCAAACCCCUCGACAUUGUGACCACAAUGCAAUGCCUAAGGGCUCUAGCCACCAACAACAAACAGACUAUCCUGAUCCCCCAGCUGGCUUACACCUAUACCACUACAGCAAACAGCCCCGCGGGGACGGAGAUGCACGAAACCAUCCACCUCAACGGAGUGAAGGAGGAGAAACCAGACACGGGCUCAGAGGGUGUGUCCGCUGUGGAGGAGCAGAAUGACUCAGACUCAGGCCCUCCGAGGAAGAAGAUGAAGAAGACGGACAGUGGCAUGUACGCCUGUGACCUGUGCGAUAAGAUCUUCCAGAAGAGCAGCUCGCUGCUGAGACACAAAUACGAACACACAGGGAAGCGACCUCACGAGUGCGGCAUCUGCAGCAAGGCCUUCAAACACAAACACCACCUGAUCGAACACAUGCGGCUCCACUCGGGGGAGAAACCAUACCAGUGCGACAAGUGCGGCAAACGCUUCUCCCACUCGGGCUCUUACUCCCAGCACAUGAACCACCGCUACUCCUACUGCAAGAAGGAGACGCAGAACCAAGGAGGAGGCCGGGAGAGCCCCGAGGUGGAUGGCGAGGUCCAGGCUGAGUUGGAGGCCCUGAGCCAGGCACAGGCGCAGAUCCUGGUCCCCUCCCAGCUGGAUCUGGAUGAGCGAGGAAGCAGCACAAGAGAGGAUGAGGAGAGCGAGGAAGAGGAGGAGGAGGAGGAGGAGGGGGAAGGCAUGGUGGACAUGGACGAAAUCCAGGUAGUGCAGAUAGGCGACGAAGGAGGGGAUGAGGAGGAGGAGGAGGAGCACGGGGACAGGAACGAGGAGGAGAUGGAGAGAGUAACAGUGGAAGAGGGAGGAGAGGAGGAGACAACAGAGGUGGAGAUGAAACUGGAGGAGGAGGAGGAGACUGACACGAGGCAGGAGGAGGAGCUUGAGAGUGUUCAAGAAGAGGAGGAAGUCAAAAUUGAGGAAGAGGGGGUGAUGGAUACAGAGGGAGGGGUGACGGAAGAGGGGAAAACAGGGGAGGUCACAGAGGAGAGCGGGGGCGAAACAAACAGGAACACAGUUUCUGAAGACGAGAAGCAGACGCCGCAGGAGGAAGGAGAUACUGACUAAAAGAGGAACCAGACUCCUCCAUGAGACACAAUCAGAGUCCUCCUCUCCCUGAGCAGAGGAAGAAAGCAGGAGAUGAUGUCUGGUCGCUCUGACAGCUCGUUUCAGUUCACUACUGUGUAGAAAUCCAGGUGUGCCUGAAAAAAUACUAGUGACUUUUCCACAGGAGAACGAUUUCUCACUGUUAGAAAAAUCCAUUUGUAAAGAAAAAGAUGAAGACGAACAUGAAUUUUAACAAAGGAAAUGCAUUAUACAGACUUUGGAAGCUAGAGCCGACAUGUUUUAGAUAAUGUUUUAUUACUAAAACACCUUGGGUCAUUUCUUUUUAUCAGUGUUACUAAUUUUAUCACUCAUAUUUUAACCUUUGAAAGCUGUACAGUUGGGAGAUAUUUCUAUACCUUUUUAUUGCCAAUGAACAAAAAAGUCAGUAUUUUAUUAAGUUGGAAGGAAAAUAAGAAAAAUCCUGUGCACUACAAGUGGCUUGGUUUACCUUGGAUUAAGCAGUUGAGUUGUGUUGUCUACCCUUCAGUAUUACCGCACUAGAUAUCGCCAUCACGCUAGCAGAUGUUAGCAUUACUUUUACUUUUUUUCUUUUUUUGGUGUUGUUUUGAUUGGAUUGUGAGCCUUAAGAAGAAAAACAGUGGAGGGUGGAUGGGUCUUUUCAGUUGUUUAGUUCCUUUUAGACUUUUAGACACAUUGAUGUCAAAGUAUCUUUUACAGGAAUAGUUUGACAUUUUGUGAAAUACGCUUAUUUGCUUUCUUUGCGAGUUAAAUGAGAAGAUCAGUACCAAUCCAGAGUGACCAUGUUUUCAAACCAACAAACCAGGGCUGUUAAGUGUACCGCAUGUAUUUCAGAGCUUAGCACACCUGGACGCCAUGAAUGCAGCAUUUCCGUUGUCGGGUACCUUACUAAGGCAGGAGUAAGCCUCCUGGAGCUUUUUAGACAGCUGACUAUUAUGACAGCUAACUGUUAGCAUACUGGUUCUGUCAGGAAGAGCCGCCAGCAUCAUGGACUAUGACACUUGCCUAUGACUUAUAGAUUAGCAACAGCCUUGACAACGACACAUUGAUUGACUGACACACAUACAGACCAAUCAGUGUUGAAUUCAUACACACGGUGCAUUGUUUAUGUUUUUAUAUUGGAUAAUAAUGAGUGGAACAGAACAUGAUAAACAUCUGUAUGGGCUGAAAAUACGUAGGGUUUUUUUUUUUUACAACCCUACAGCUUGAAACUGGGACAAUCCCAGACAAACCAGGACGUCUGGUCACUGUAUACCUGUCACACACCUGUACAGUAGAUACAUGACUACAGCCAGUAGAUGCUAAGCUUAGCAUGAAGACCAGAACACAGGUAGAUGUGUUUUUUCCUGCCUAUCUACUGCUGCACACUCCAGUCCAGUAGCUGGUGGUAAAACAGCUGUAAGCUGAUUUACCAGCUGUAAGCUGAUUUACCAAAUGGCAAUAAAACCCAAAGAAGAAGAAGCUAGCUAAAGUUCACAAGUAAAAAUGUUGUAGCUUCUGUUUAAAACAAUUAAACCAAACUGUAAUGGUUGGGGUUUUAAGGGGGUUAUUCUUGGACAGAGCCAGGCUAGCCGUUUCCCCCUGGUUUUAGUAUUUAUUUAUUUACUGUGCAAAUAUGAGAGUGGGAUCUAUCUUCUCAUCUGAGUCUUAACACGAAAGCAAAUAAGUGAAUUUUCAAAAAAUGUCAAACUAUUGCUUUAAAUGUUCAGAGUGAGCAGAAAGGUGAUGUAGAAAACUGUCUGACCCCCCUAUACCCCCCCAACCCCCCCUCUCCGAGCCUUAUGCAAAAAAAUCAAACUAAAACAAGACAAACAUGCAUAUCAAAAGUGCCACAGAAUAUUGCUGUUGAAGCUUAGCAGCUAUGAUCAGGUAUUGCCGGGUCCCAGAUCAACCAAUAAGCCGGAAUACUGUUGACUUUGGCUCACCACACCUGAGAGAGCAGAAAUCUGCCUGACGUAUAUCCAUGUACCGUAGACUUUAGAUGACUCGCUUUUAUUUCUACUCUGAGCGACUAAAACAGUUACAAUGCACAUGUUUCAAACAGAUGAUGAUGAUGAUGAUGAUGAUGAUGAUGAUGAAGUAUGAUCUCUAAUUGUUAACUGUGUCCUGCCUUUUUCGAAGCUCAUUCAGUGCACUUGUUUUAACACACCAUGAAACGCUCAGACGUCUCUUCAGGUAACAAAACGUAGGCAAAUACGAAUCCCAGGAGUUUAAUUCAACAAACUUUUUACCUGUCAGUAUUAUUUUUGUGUCUUUUGUUUGUUGUUAUGUUCUGUUUCAGUGUGUGUGCUGUACGUUUUCAGCAAUGGCAGUAUUAUCCCCACCCCCAACGAGAUGGGUAUGUCUGUUUAGUCAUAGAGAACUUUUAUAUUUAUGUGUCUUAUUUUUUUAUAUUUCUUUAUGGUUAUUUAUUACACUAUGUAGUGUACAAUACUGUAGUUUGUAUUAAUACGAUAAUAUAUUUUAGUAUGGAAAAAAAAAGAUUCGAAGGCAAAUAACUACACGCCUGGAAAACGAGACUCCGGCAUACUGAAGUAUGUUUUUCAAACAGACAAAAUUAUGUUUUUCCUCGGGAAAAAAAGAAGAAGAAACUCGCACCCUGCAAGCCUGAAAAUUGGAACCUGUGACCUCUCUGCAUCCAUUCUCAUGUUAGUUUAGUUUUCUUUCCCCUCUCUAAUAUAAAGCUACUGAACUCUUGAAAACUAAUUGUAUGUCUAAUAGCAUGAGUGUGUGCUGUUGUAUUGAAGGAUGAUGCUUAACCACACAAACUGUCCUUUUUUUGCCAAGCCAAAAUAAUAUUGACGUAUGUUCUUAUGUUUUUAUUUGUGCCAAUUUGUUACUUUAUAUGUCAGUGUCAAGACCACCCCCACUUUUAUAUGCCCCCCCCUUUUAACACCCUCAUCUUUUUUUUUUUAUAGUGAUUGUUUUUGUUUUUGUUUUUUGUUCAUUUUUUUAUGACUCCCCAUCUCACAAUAAAUACAUCAAUUACAAGCUGCCUGGUGAUGAUAUUGUCAUUGAGAGUAAGUUUUGAAAUCACACAAUAUUAAGCUGUUACUUGCACUGCAAUAUUCAACUAAAUAUUCCAAUUUAAAAAUCUCACAAGGGACCAGUUCAAUAAAAACAAAACCAAACAACAUGUUGAGAAGUUGGUUUUAAUAUUUAACCUGAAUGUCCUGUUUUUUUUUUACCAGCUAAAAAUACAUAGACCUUCUUCGGAUUAUUUAAUCAAACUGAUACCUCACUUCUUCACGUCUUAAGAGAGUUGCUCAUAAACAUGUCAAUGUGUAGAAGUCUUCUACAGAAAAUAUCAGAUUACUUCUGUUUCACAGAGACCAGCUGUAAAACCUGAUUAAAUACUGUGGAUGUUG